GGCGGGCACCGGUCCCUGCCUCAGAGAUCCCGCGCGCGGGGCAUGUCGAAACUGGGAUUGCCGGGCUUGUUCCGCCCCGCGUCGUCGCUCCUUCGCAACGGCUGUAACACCACGCCCUUUCGCAACCUGCCUAGACACAUAACCCGUCCCGCGUCUUCGUCGUCGCCGCCGAGUUUUACAACCGCGAGAAUGUCCUCAACGCAACCAACCGACCGCCGUCCCCUGGUCAUCUGCGGCCCCAGCGGCGUCGGCAAGGGCACCCUGAUCCAGAUGCUCUUCCAGCGUCACCCGGAUACCUUCACCCUUUCCGUGUCGCACACAACGCGCGCGCCGCGUCCGGGCGAGCAGGACGGUGUGCAUUACCACUUCGUUACCAAGGAGCAAUUCCAGGCCCUGAUUGCCGAGGACAAGUUUGUCGAGCACGCCCAGUUUGGCAGCAACAACUACGGUACCAGCAAGGCCACCAUCGAGGAACAGACUGCCAAGGGCAAGGUCGUGGUGCUCGACAUUGAGAUGGAGGGUGUCAAGCAGGUCAAGAAGUCUAGCAUAUCAGCCCGCUACGUCUUCAUUGCCCCGCCGUCGGAGGAGGAGCUCGAGAAGCGCCUGCGGGGUCGCGGAACCGAGAGCGAGGACAGCGUCAACCAGCGCCUGAGCCGCGCCAAGGAGGAGCUCGCCUGGUCCAAGACGGAGAAGUUUGACAAGGUCCUUGUCAACGAUGACCUGGAGAAGACUUUCAAGGAGCUCGACGAGUUUGUCUACCAAUCGCCAGCACAGUAG